AUGCCGUUGUUUAUGGACGAGUUAAAUGCGAUCCUUGCUGUGCCCGGUUCCCCACGUCCCAAGACGGAGUGGAGUAGGAAGCCAAACAGCUUUCAGCGCAGGAUACUCGUGCUUGACAGAGUGCUGGGUUGGAAAGCAAAGGGUCCCCCAGAGCGCAAGGGUAGGAAGGGGGCGGAAAGACCACAGCGCGCUCUCUUCAGACGAGUCUACGAGCACCAUAGCUUCCCGCACCAGCGAUUCGUGUCGCCUGUCAAGUCCUCUCCUCUCGGCGAAGGCGCGCCGCGAACCUACCCGUCAGACUCCACCAUCAACGCAGGCCCUAGAGGAGCUACAACUACGCACAUCCCGACUUUUGAGAUGUUUGAACGCCAGGUCAAUGCCACGACCCACUCAUGGGUUGAGAAGGUUGCUCCGUCGCUACACGGGCACCGGACCAUCCCGGAGGGAUGGCUCUUCGACGUCAAGACCAAGCGCCUGGUUCGAAAGAAGGAGAGCAUAGCACCUGCUGAGGAUCAGAAGAACCCGCCUGUCAAGAAGCAAGAAGAGGCCCCUGUCAACGAGGCGGAUGAGGCAACUGUCGCCUCGAUAGCUAGUGGAAGCUUGACCAGCGCUAUCCCGUACAGCUCCAACUCCAGCCGUAAGCGCAGGGUCGAUAGCCUUGAGGGCUCCUCGGCGGAUGAUAUGAACGGCUCCACCCCUAAGAGGGCUCGCUAUGCUCUGCCGUCAGAGCAGCUUCCGCCACUUGCCCCCCUCCAGCUUCUCUCCAGCACAACUACACCUGUAGUUCCCACAAUCGGUGGCUUGCGGCCCUUCGGUGCUGUUCUGGAUAUGAAGGUACCCAUGACUAUGGAGAAGGCCACGGCAAAGGCCAAGCCUAAGUCCGACCCUCACCGCGCGCUCCGGUUCAGGAAGGAACCUCAGGAAGGUGGUUCACCGACCCGUAUCUUAAAGAAUGCUCCCAUCUAUAACACUGUGGAGCCCUGCCUGAAGCGCAAGGCCGAGGAGAUGGACAUUGUGGGCAACUUUGAAGACAGCCGCAAGAGCAAGAAGCAGAUGAGGAACCACCAUAUGGACAAGGCCGACAGAGCAAACACCAUUAACAGCACCAGCGAACAGCUGACCAAGAAAUCUUCCGAGCACCAUCGUGGUGCCGAUCAAAAGCCUCAGAAUAGCAACACGCCACCCACCAGGGCACCGAUGUACAAGAAGGCUUGGGUUUCGACGACGCUCAAGGACGCAAUGCAAAAGGUCCAGCGCAACGUGCAAGAUGCAUGGGACAUAUGUGCCCCCUUCAGCGUGGGACUUCUGAAGGCGGUGAAACCCUGGGAAUCAAGAAAGGGCGUGAAGAAGUCGGGCAGCUCUCCUUCAACAACGCAACCGUCCUCUCGGCGCGCUGUCCGCCCUAAGCCCAAGCCGUACGUCCUCAGUCUUGAGAGUGCCGAGCAAAGCGAGCAGUCGGCCGAGAGUCUCCGCCUGCACAACGAAGACGAGUCGAAGAGGAUUGACAGCAAGGACCGACAUUCCUCCAAGCAGCCGACGAAGCCUCGUUGCAACGUCGCAAGACCCCAAGCCAGUAAGGCCGCGGAGGACCCCUCCGAGACCACUAUCCAUCAAAGCAAGAAGCCCGCUGGCCUGGCCUUAUCCACUCCCGCCACUCCGGCCACCCACAAGCCCGUCCACGGUGUCAGCAGCUUCGAGCUCAUCGGCCCACGCCCGGUAUUUGAGUGCGGCAUCAACGGCGCCCACUUCCUUCCCCUCCGCUUCUGGCAAAAUGACGAAGAUGGCAACCGUGGCGCUAAGCCUAUCGAGCUUCCUUGGCCUGAGUUCAGGGGGAUCACCGUGGAGAAUCUCGAUUGGAACAGCGCCGAACAGAUCGGCUGGCUGAACGAGUGGGCCAGCAGAGUCUUAGAACACUUUGGAUGCUAG